UGACCCCCGACACACUCAGAGGACCCUGACAAAAGAACAAGCAAAAACAGGCGGAAGUGCCUAACCAUACUAUCUCAGUGUUUUUUUGAUAAUGCUCGAACCGUACAAUACGGCUCGUCCAAGAAUUUGUUAAGAAAAGAACAAUUGAAUCGUGCUGAGUUGCGCACUUUGAGAAAUAACUAAAUGUAGGUAAAAUAAGCUGCUACACGUGCUGUAUGCUGCUUCGUCUGUCAUCGAGUGAACGCAUCGUUCACAUUCUUACUCGGUUAACCUCUGUUAAAAAGACCUACAGAGGAGCAUAUCUUGCAACCGUCUCGUUCUCUCUUGAAGACAAUCGUAAGACAAAAGUGGAGUCGAAAGUGUUGUUCUCUGAAAUAAUGGCAGACGUAACCAUGAAUCCUUAUUCCAUGCGGAAAAUGUCUUUUGGAUUUAAUGGAAAGCUUAACGGUGUUGAGGGUAAGACGCCUUUUUUGAUCGGCGUUUCUGGUGGGACUGCGAGUGGCAAGUCCACCGUAUGCAAAAGAAUAAUGGAGAAAUUAGGCCAGGUGGACAAAGAUCAUCAGGAACGGCAAGUCGUUUGCAUAUCACAAGAUAGCUUCUAUAGAGAAUUAUCGCCUAUGGAAAAGUUGAAGGCUGAGAAAGGUCAAUAUAAUUUUGACCAUCCAGAUGCUUUCGACAAUGAUCUCAUUCUACAGACAUUAAAAGAUAUUCUUGCUGGGAUUAAAUGUGAAAUACCAGCAUACGACUACAGGACUAACAGUUUAGUGAAGGAUCAAAUUACUACAAUAUAUCCAGCAGAUGUUGUUCUAUUUGAAGGAAUUUUGGUGUUCUACUUCCCCAAUAUACGCGAUCUGUUUCAUAUGAAAUUAUUUGUUGAUACGGACUCGGACACUCGACUAGCAAGAAGAGUGCCACGAGAUAUAAACGAAAGAGGCAGAGAUUUGGAUUAUGUACUUAAUCAAUACAUGAAUUUUGUGAAACCUGCUUUUGAAGAAUUCUGCCUUCCGACAAAGAAAUUUGCUGACGUAAUAAUACCACGGGGAGCAGAUAAUACAGUGGCAAUAGACCUUAUAGUGCACCACAUCUGGGACAUUUUACGUUCGAAAAAGGCUGAUACUGCAUCCGGGCAGCAUCCAUACUUCUACCAGCGUAGGCGCACUUCAGCUUCAUCCGACACCAUCAGCAGAUGACUCACAUAAUUUUAACUAUGCAUAAUCAUUUCAGACAUGCCCCACGUAGUAUUUGUCAGUUUCCAUACAGAUACAGUACAUUAUGAUACAUUGAUUUAUUACUUUUGGCAUAAUUCUAUCUUAAGUUUUAUUGAUACAUCAAUUUUCUACGAUUUCAGUUUCAUUCAAAUAUUUGAAUAUACUUUCGCACGUAUUUUUUGUAACACCAGGAAACAUUUAACAGUCAUUGUUGGUGUAUACAGAGAUUUCAUUGGAUAAAUCAUUAUUAUGUUAAUUGUUUUAAGUACCACGUAAAUGUUGGUUGUACCAGCAUUUUUGUGUUUUAAAAAUAUUCCAAGUUGUACGCUGUGUUUCAUUUUAUAUCAUCAAACUUGUAAUCUGUACUUUGAAACAUAUUGUGUACAAUACUUACCGAGAUUCGACUGAUUUUUUAAGCUUUAACUUUUAUUGAAAUAUGGUUGUUGCAGAUGUAUGAUAAUGUACUAAAGAAAUCUAGAGAUAUAAUUUCCAAUAGAAUUUGAUUAUCUAUUAACAAACCAUUUGCAUAACAUAAUAAUGCCAAUACAAAAGCACAAAUGAAAGCAUUAGCAAAUUGCAAUUUUUCCAUGUAAGAUUGACAUUCGUAAAAUGAGUCAGUCACGUGGAUGCAAUUGAACAUUUUUGUGAUUAUAUUAUAGAAAUAUAAGAAAAGGCAUUGCUCUGUUUCUAUGCCUGUUAACUGCCAGACUUAUGAAACCAAUAAAAUAGUAUUUUAAGUAUAAUGCUGCAAUAAAGAGUAGCAUAAUAUUAUAAAAUUCAUAGACAUUGUAAACUAAUAUGUAGAAUAAACUUAUAUAUAAAUGGA